CUUGUAAAAAUAGCCAGAUUGCCUUACCUAUAUGCAGUACGAGCGCGAAGUCGGUACGUACCAGUGCCAGGUUGCGCCGUAACAUCCCCCCAAGUGUAUUUGUGUCUUCAUCUUUGUAUCACUAGAGCUUCCAAAUUUCACCAACCUUCCUUCAUUACCUUUCGUUGAGGUUGAGCCGGUCUCCUCCUUGUGCACUAUUGCACGUUUCCAUUCACUUCCUUUCGACACACCAAUCCUUUUCUUUCAAGUCGACUUCGAGCAGCGCUCGAUACACUCGUUUCUUUGCCCAUCUACUACCCUUUGUUAACCACCAACCUCUUCGAUCAAUGGGAAAGCUCAUCUGGCACGAGCUAAGUCGCUACAUCUCCCUCACGGCCAGUGUUUAUGCAGUAUGGGCCAGUUUCUGGGGUUUCUUCUUCCGCAAGUUCUUUUGGGAUUUCAUCGGUGGCAUCUUGCGCUCUCCCGGUGGUCUGCAACCGUCACCCAAAUUUGCUCUGUUCAUCAAUGUUAUUGUCAAAUACCCUAUUGUGCAGAUAGGCACCAUGGCCCUCGGGUUUACCAUAAUCGCGCUGGAAUAUCCUAUCCCCAUCUUCAAGGGAACUGCUAUAUUUAGGAGCAUCGCUCUUAGAGUGGUGUUACUGAUCAUGCAAGCCGCCGGAACGGUUUUAUUUUACCAAGGCACAAAUGCGGCACUAUGGUCAUUAAUUGCUGCAAUGUUAUACAUUCGUGCAUUAACAUUGAGAGAGAGAAUGGAGGAAGCAAUAAAACACAAAGGCCGAGCGGGUCAGGCUUGACGAGUACGUUUACACGCAGU